AUGGACUUUGAUCCAAUAUGGAAUCCAUUAACACCAGAAUUUCAAUUGGAGGCCAAAACAACAAUAUUUGGUGGAACAUCAAAUGGGGAAGCACCUCCAAAUCCAUUAUAUAUUUUUGAUACAACAAGCAAGUCAAAGGGUCAUGCAGCUACAUUAGUGGGUGAAAAAUAUUUGUAUGUUUAUGGAGGUAGAUUAUUGCCUCCAGUUAAUGAUCAGAAUAUUGAUGAGUUUAUUGAUGGCACUGACACAACUGAGAUAUUGUAUUUGGAUGUAUCAGUAAACUUUGAUCCAAAAAAUCCAGCAUGGAGUCUAUUAACAGCAGAUAAUCUUAUUGCAUUUCACAGUAUGUCAAUUGGAGGUCAAAAUAACAAUUCAUUAAUAAUAUUUGGUGGUAUGUCAAGUGGGAAUGCACCCCCAAAUCCAUUAUAUAUUUUUGAUACAACAAGCAAGUCAAAGUCAUUAGCUUCUAAAGCAGUUACAACAGAAUGUACUAGUCGUGUGCUACACACUUCAGUCACCAAAUAUGAUUCAAAAGUUUUUAUAUUAGGUGGAUCCCCCAUACCUGUCGCUGGAAAUACUGAAGUCAGUGAUGCAUUAAAUACAUUAUGUGUGUAUGAUUCAUUAACAGAUGUAUUUACAGUAUCAACAUCAACAUUUGCAAAUGGAAUUUCUCAUCAUACUUCAACUUUACUAAGUGAUGAUCUCAUUUAUGUUAUUGGUGGUAUUAAUAAUGUGGUGACUGUUACAAGCCCUUCUCUAUUGCCAAUGAAUGUAAUUAAUAUUUAUGACACUAAUCUAAAUAGUUGGUCCACUAAGACUGUUUUAGGUGAUAAUCCUCCUCAAAGAAGAGGUCAUAGAGCUGUUGGAACAAUAGACAAGAAAAUUAUUAUUUAUGGUGGUCGUAAUGCUGAUGGAUCAGUUAUUUAUGAUGAUGUGUUAGAACUUGAUACAACUACACUGACAUGGAAAAUUAUCCAAACUGAAGGAAUAACUAAACCACCAGGAUUGUUUGAUCAUACAAUGACAAUGGUUGGAACUAAUAUUAUAAUUACAUAUGGAUUUAUGACAACUGAAACUUUUUAUACAGCAUCAAAUAUAUUUAUACUUGAUUCCACAAAUUAUACAUGGUUGGAAACAUACACACCUAAUAUUCCAAUACAACCAUCAACUUCUAUGACACCAGCACCAUCACAAACUUCUACAGAUAUUUCUGCUACAUCAUCAUCAUCAUCAUCAUUAGAUCCAAGUCCCUCAACAAAUUCUUCAAAUUCUGGACAAGAUGAUUCAUCAUCAUCAUCAUCACCACCAUUACCAAUAUAUAUUAUAGGAAUAAUUUCUGUAGCAGCAUUUAUAGUAGUUUUGUUAAUUAUUGGUUUAAUCAUUUAUGUAUGUAAAAGGAAAGAAAAAAGGCAUAAUUCAUAUUUCACAACACCUUAUGGAUUAAAUCAGCCUUAUUCACCACCAUUAACUGGUAAUCUACUGUUUAAUCAAUCACCCAAUUAUUUAACAUCAAACAAAAACACAUCAGACCGUUCAACAUCAUCAUUGCCAGUCCCACCACCACCUUUAUUACCACCAUCUACAUUAAAAAAUAAAAAUAGUUCUGAUAGUAGUAAACUCACUAUUGUUGAUCCAAAUGAUGUUCAUCGAAAUUCUCCUCGAAAACAAUUUAGUAUUGACGACUAUCUUGGCAAUCCUUAUCAACUACCAUCUUUAACACUACCAUCUACAUUAAAAAAUAAAAAUAGUUUUGAUAGUAAUAAACUCACUAUUGAUGAUCCAAAUGAUGCUUCUAGAAGUGUUGAUGAUUAUCUUGAUAAUCCUUAUCAGCCACGCUCACAAUCUCCAAUAUUUUCUUACCCAUCAUCUACUUUAAACUAUGGAGAAAAUGACAAUGACAAUGAUGAUAUAACAUCAUCAAAUAAUGAUGGAUCAGAUUCAUCAUAUUUACAAUUAAUGCAAGCUAAUAAUGAUAGAAUUAAAGCAUCAUCUAUUGCAACCUCUAGUAUAUAUACGCCUUCACGUUCCAGCAGUACUGGAAGUUCACAUAUUGGCAGCACACGACCAAAAAUUGAUACUCAAUUGAACUCAAUUACUGAAUCAGGUGAUGUAACUCCUACAAAAUUUACAACUACAACCUCUCCAAGUUCUGAUAUAAUCGCUGCUAUUAAUGCUGCUGCAAAAAGUGAUUCACGCAGUAGUGAAGAGGGAAGUUUCCAAAGUCCAUUAUUUAGAAAUGAAAAUUUAAGUUUACGAACUGCAACAAGAUUAUCUAAAAUAAACCCAAAUGAUCAUGUUGACCAUGAUGGUAAAAGGUAUACAUUAAGUAAGAGUUAUGGUCUCCAUCUGCCUCAACAUGCACCACCUGGAUUAUUAGGACGAUACUAUCAUCGAUAUUUAGAUCUGCACCUAUUCUUAUCAUACAUAGGAUUGGAAAUAUUAGUAAAUUGA